ACGUAAUUCAGAUCUCACCUCAGAUACUUCAUAAGCACACUGUAAGUAUACUUAUUGCUUAGUGAGUCAAGUUGCUAUGGAGCAUGAAGGAGGUGAAUGGGGUGAGUGAGAAAGAGGGAAGAGCCGAAGAGAAAGUACUCCGGGGUGGUAACACUGACACUGAGCAACAACACCACAACACCGGCCCCUCCAGCAGCCAAGGGCAGCGUAUAUCAGCAUUACCCUCCGUGUACCUCUCCAUCAUGCCUACUGUCAGCCCCAUCAAGGAUUUCCUGGCGGGGGGGUUUGGAGGAAUGUGCCUGGUUGCUGCCGGACACCCACUGGACACCAUUAAAGUGAGGCUGCAGACCCAGCCACUGCCAGCACCAGGACAGAAGCCUCACUAUGCUGGAACUUGGGACUGUGCCUUGAAGACCAUUCGCAAUGAAGGCUUCUUCGGCCUUUACAAAGGUAUGGCAGCACCUUUGGUGGGAGUCACACCUAUGUUUGCUGUAUGCUUCCUGGGCUUUGGCAUUGGAAAGAAGCUGCAGCAGACUUCUCCUGACCAACAGCUCACUGCCGUCCAACUGUUCAAUGCUGGCAUGCUAUCAGGAGUAUUCACCACUGCCAUCAUGACACCUGGCGAGAGGAUCAAGUGCCUGCUGCAGGUUCAAGCUGCUAGUUCAGGGCCAAAGCUGUACAAUGGUCCUGUUGAUGUGGUCAAAGUGCUUUACAGGGAAGGAGGCAUCCGUAGCAUCUACAAGGGUACCUGUGCUACUCUUCUAAGAGAUGUCCCUGCAUCAGGGAUGUACUUCAUGUCUUAUGAGUGGCUGAAGCGUUCCCUGGCACCAGCUGGCAAGGAGGGAGAACUGAGUCCCCUCCGCACAGUAGUGGCUGGUGGCAUUGCUGGGAUGCUGAACUGGCUGGUGGCUAUUGGCCCUGAUGUUCUCAAGAGCAGAUUACAGACAGCUCCUGAGGGCAAGUAUCCCAAUGGGAUCCGAAGUGUGUUUGUGGAGAUUAUGAAGAAUGAGGGGCCACAAGCCCUGUUUAAGGGAGCCACCCCUGUCAUGAUCCGAGCUUUCCCUGCUAAUGCUGCCUGUUUCUUAGGAUAUGAGGUUGCUAUUAAGUUCCUGAAUAUGAUUGCUCCUGAUUUGUAAUUUAGUCUAGCUACAUUUUAACAUGUACAAACAGAAUAGAUUAAUAACUGAGAUUAUCCAGUGAUAAAUGUUAAUGUUGCUGUGAUAUCUGUUUCUGUUAAUCUGUUCGGGUGCCAAUCAUUUUCUGAUUCUUGAUUUGAGGUGUUGAUGGUGAUUGAGAGGGAGAGGGUGCUGUCACUAUUGUGUUAGUUUGUGCACAAGAAGCUAUGUGAUAGGAAUAACAUUUGAGUCACUAGUGAGGCAGAGUCACACCAUAGUUUCUCACCUACCAUAAGCACAGAAACAAGGUUGCUAGUGAAACAUUAAGGACUAAAACCUCUUGUGCCAUUACAUUUAUUAUGUGGAGAAAAGUUGAGUAGCUUUUGAUGGUGAAACUCUUGAUUUAAAAUAGCUGCUGAGCAUUGUAUACCUCAGAAUUAAUGAAGCUCAUUUAAUAUGCUAAUGUGAACUAGCACUGAUGACCAUUCCCCAUAGCUCCCUGAAGGAGUAGGCUUGGCAGGAGUGUGCAUGGAGUUGUUAUAUAAAUAUUAAAUUAAUUUUAUUAAUAUUCUGUAUGGGAGUACAACAGAUAUUUGAAGGUGAACUUUUACAUUUCUAAUGAACCCUUAACAUUUUUAAAACAUGCAUGUAAAUAUAAAAUCAUUUACACAUGUAGUUCCUCAAUGUAUUUGCAGAUGUAAGCAACUCAGGGACAGAUGGAAAUUAAUUUUUUUCACACCUUGUCAUGCUGUAUUGAGAUGCAAGUAAGAGAUAAAGAAAGAAAAUAUUUGUGCAAAUGCAGAGGAAGCUAUAUUUGUUUAUACUGAGCAGCAUUUUCUGCUGCACUGGAUUAGUUACUAGCUGUUGUAUUAGACAUAAUUCAGGGGGGGACACAGUGCUCAACUACCAAUCACAAUGUGGUGUUGCACACUUUAGUUGUCUCUCCAAGCACUGCCCAACCUGAAACUGGUCCCUCCAUCCUAUGCAUUGUAGCCCCUCUAUUAUUAUUUUUUCAUUCUUUGGAUGAAUGAUUAGAUACAGGCCCAAAGGUCUGAGACAGAAUGACACAGGUAAAUAACAUUGAAGCUGCAGGACAGCAGAGCCAGAUGUGGUCUUCUGUGGUGACCAAACAAUUUGCAUACUUCUCUCAUUGCCGCACAGAAAUCUUUUCUCUUAACUUUGUUUCUCAUUGAAAUUCCUGGUAUCAUGCUUUUGCUCAUUAAUGGUGAAAAUUUAAUUUGCAGUAAAUACUUGAUUUGAAUUAAACCAUUAGAUAAAAAGAUAUAUGGGGAUGCUGAUGCAGCAGAAAUUAACCUUGAAUGUACUAAAUGCUAACAAAAGUUAUAAAUCAUCAAAGCUUCAGCACAAUUGAUAUCAAAAUAGAAAUUCCCUCCAAGAUGAUAACACUUCAUUGCUUGUCUUUUGUCACAUAAAACUUCGCAGACACAGAAGUGUACAUACUGUACAUAUUUUUAAAUACUGUUAAAUAUCAUUAAACUCUGUGUUGUGUUUAUUGCUUUGACUCUCUUCGCCUUAUUUCUCCCUUUGUUCGUACUGAAUUCUGUGCAGUGUUCCACGUACAUAGAUGACAUUAUACUGAAAUGCUAAUGGAAAGAUGAGAAAAGUGAAUAGGAUAGCACAGCUUUACAAGAAUUCUUCCAGUCACUGUUUCCCAUGUGAUUUAAUUAGAGUUUGGCUCUUAAUUGUGUGUCUGUACAUGUAAACAACUUUACUAAAUGCAAUUUAUUUCUCUAGAGAAGAAUCUAUCAAUGCAAUUAGUAUAAGUGUUUUCUUUUUUUUUUGAGUAGUGGAGUAAAUAGAGUUUCACAUUUUAUUAAGGAUGUUAUACCAUAGUUUAUUGACUUUUUUGUUUGUCUUAACAAAAAUUAAGGCAUUGACACAUCUUGAGAACAGUACCUCAGCUUGCAGACUUAAGCAGAGAUAAAGUUUCCUAAUAAUUUACAGUAGGAAGAUAUACCUAUUUAAUAUUAUAAGGAAUGAAAAUCUUUUAAAAGUUCUUUAGCAAACAUGGUAAUGAGUGCCUUUGAAUGUUUUGUUUGAGAGUUUGAGAACAUGGUGUUGGUAGUCAUCAGAGAUCUGCUAGAGUUUUUAAAGAUCAUGUAGCAUUAACUAAUGAAGAUGUAAUAUUAUUUAGAGGAAAACAUAAUGACUGAAGUUGACCAAUAUUACAGCUGAGGAUUGUUUGGGUAGAAUCAAUAAAAGUAGGUCAUGAAGUAUAA